AUGUUCAAUGCUGGGAGAUACUUCAGAGCUAGCUACUACAAGAAGAAGAACAUUUUUCAUGUAAAGGGGAGCAGACAGUUUCAUGGAUUCGUCAAAAGUAGGAGGGUACAGACAAAUGCCCUCAAGAGAAAAGAUAGAAUAAAAAGGGGGAAGUUUUUACAAUUGAAGGAAAAGCUGCAGCUCAUCAUUUUCAGCUCCGUGUACUUUUUUGCGUGCGACUAUGUUUACCACGUGUAUGUGCUGAGCGACAACGCCAGCAGAACUAGCAGCAGAACUACCAGCAGAACUACCAGCAGAACCGCCAACCGUGCCUCCAACCACAGCGGAGAAGACAAAGGGAAUGACCCAAAAUGCAAAGACGAGCACGCCGGUGGCAAGGGGGGGGUCGGCACAACCAUGAUGGAGUAUAUCAAAUGGAUGAACAUAUUUUCCAGUGCUCAGGGGAAGGAUGACCAAAAUUUAAAGCAACAGGACGGUGAAUGUAGGAGAAAAAAUGACGGCAACAAAAUGGAGGCUAAAAAAGGUUCCCAUAAAAAGGAUCAUCUCUCCAGCGACAGAGGUGACGUAAAAAUUUGCAGCGUAUGUGAGGAAGACCCAUACGAAAUAAAGAUAAAUCGCGUUAAGCGGAGUAGCGGGAAGGAGGAAACCAAUCAAACGGGGAAGCCUAACCAAUAUGGCCAAUCUUCCUAUGCCGCAAAUCAGAAGGACCAACUGCCUAGCCAAGACCGGAGUGGCAGUGGAAGAAGCCACCCUAAUAACGGCAACCCCCAGCGAAACAGUAUCGGAGGAGAAGAAAAAAAGAUGAAAGAUCUAAUCGUGAGUAACUUCCAAAGGAAUGAUCUUUUCAAUGGAUGUAACCUAUUUCUGUUCGCCAACGGGGUUGUGUUCUUAUGUUGGCGUUUAAGCGAAAUCUCCAGCGUUUUGGAAAAAAAAGUCACAGACAGGGAUAUCAUGAAAGUAUAUGUCUUAUCUUCCAUCGUUUCGACUGUCCCGUAUAUUUUUUUACACAAGGGAAAUCAACUACUAGGAGCAUCUGGAGCUGUUAUGGGUCUUGUAUACAUUUUGGCUACAGUUAAACCAAAUGAAGUCUUCGUCUCCUUGUUCCCUCUACCAUACUUAAAGAUGACCUCCCUACAGCUAUGCCACCUAUCCAUUUUAACCAAUUUUGUAUUUCUUUUUUGUAGAAGAAAUCAUUUCAACAUUGCAUGGCUAGCACAUUUAUUUGGUUUAAUGGGAGGAGCAUUGUAUAAUUUUUAUCAGAGGAGAAAAAACAAUAAUAAGAAUUAUUACCCCUUUAUUGAAUUGUCCCUAAAAAAUGGACCUAUUGAUUAUCUCAAUUCUUAUCUAGACUUUGUAGAUUUUGUCAAAUGUCUACAGCUGCAAAUUCGGAUUUUCUUUUCCCUCGAUCCACGCACCAUGCAAAACAUGAACAGGAAAAUCAACUCCAUUAAAAAUAUGCAGUCACAGAGGCGCAUGAAGUACCACAUGUUGAAGGUUAAAAAUUUGGAGGCCAUGUCUAGGUGA